AAAAAAGCCCAAUCUGGCGCUACGAAAGCUGGGAACGCUGCCAAUCAAUGAUGUGAAGUUUUCUACAGGGCAGAAUGGGAGGCAAGUGCCUCAGGGGAAGGACUAUAGGUGGCUGGGGCGGGCCGCCUGACGUCACUUCCGCCUAGGGAGCUUCAGCCAAGAUGGCGGCUUGGAGCACUGGGUGGCUGCGGAGCUGGUGUUUCCUGGCCAGGCAGAGCCGUCCCCUCCUGGCACCUUUGAGAAACCGCUGUGCCUCCGGACUGAGGGGACCUUGGAGCAAAGCGGCCGCUUUGAGUCUUGGAGCCACGCUCGCAGCUAUCCCCAUCACACAGAAACAUGAUCCAGGUUCUCUCAGCAACGAAGCUUUAAUCCGAAGAGCUGCCUCUUUGGUAACCGAUAGCACCGGUACUCUCCUCUCUCAAACCACAUAUGCAUUAAUUGAAGCACUGACAGAGUAUACCACGGCAGUUUACACACUGGUGUCCCUGUACCAGAAGUAUGCACACCUCAUUGGGAAAAUGAAUUCUAAAGAGGAGGAUGCUGUCUGGCAGGUGAUCAUUGGUGCUCGAGUAGAGAUGACUGCAAAGCAGCAAGAGUACUUGAAGUUAGAAUCCCGAUGGAUGACUGCGCUGCGUCUUUCAGAGAUGGCGGCCGAAGCAGCCUAUCAAUCAGGGGCUGACCAGGCCUCCGUAGGCACACAUAACCACAUCCAGCUGGUGAGAACGCAAAUCCAAGAGGCCCGCCAGCUGUCGCAGAAGGCCGAGAGUAAGCUAGCUGAGGUCCAAACAGAGGAGCUCAUGAAGCUGAAGGAAGAGGAGGCCUUGGCAGCUGCAAGGCGCCAGGCCAGUGUGGAGGAGGCAGAGGAGGCUUAUCUUCGUGAAGACUGAAGAGGUGAAAGCUGCAAGGAUGGUAACCCUGUUCCGUUAAAAGCCUAGAGGCAGAAAGGCCUUGGACCUCAGCAGCCCCUUUAGCUUGACCACAGGCCCUGAACUGGGGAGGUGCAUUUCCAGCCUGUUGGGGAAAGUUAAUUCUACUUGAAUGUACAGCUGUACAAAUGUGAAAACAAACACCAGAGAUGCCUGUUUGUGUCUCUUGUGAUCUCCAAGUGGAAACCGAAAUUACAGAGAGAAAUUAAAUCGCUCCUUCAACUCCCCAAAGCCUGGAGGUUACUGCAGGUUCAAAUCCACAAGGGCUUUUUUUCUCUCUUCUUGUGUUCUAAAAAUGCUUGUUUGUGUUUGUGAUGAACAAUUGUGCCUAGAGUUUCAAAAAUGUUUUUGUGUUGUGUUUCUUAAAAAUCCGUUUGGAGGAGAAAGAUAACUUCUGUGUUGUUCUCUUAAUUCUACAGACAUCCUUUACUAAACCCAGUUUUUAAAAUAAAGACAAGUAAAACGA